GUAAACACAGAACAAAUCCACACUAUACCCUAAACUCAAAUUCUCACUAUCAGAAAAAAAAUAAAAAUAAAAAUCCUUUCUUUCUUUCUCGUGAGUGAUGAUCUCCACUCCAUGAUCCAAUCAUCGCCGGAUCAAUUCACGGGUACCCGAUAAAAAAAACAACCGGUCCGACCUCCGAUGGAUCCUGACGCCGCCGCCGAACGACAUGAAGAAACAGAGUCAGCUACGGCGGCUGAAUCAGCUCCUUUAAGCCGAUAUGAAGCUCAAAAGCGCCGUGACUGGAAAACUUUCUUACAAUACUUAAAGAACCAUAAGCCGCCGUUAACUCUAGCUCGUUGUAGCGGCGCGCACGUGAUCGAGUUCAUGAAAUAUCUUGAUCAAUUCGGAAAAACUAAGGUACAUGCUUCAGGAUGCCCUUAUUUCGGACAUCCACAACCGCCGGCGCCGUGCACGUGCCCGCCGAAGCAAGCUUGGGGAAGCCUCGACUCACUUGUCGGACGGCUUCGAGCCGCUUAUGAAGAAAACGGAGGCCGACCCGAAUCUAAUCCAUUUGCUGCUAAAGCUGUUAGGAUUUAUUUGAGGGAUAUUAGAGAAAGUCAAGCUAAGGCUAGGGGUAUACCUUAUGAGAAAAAGAAGAAACGGAAAAGGUCUACUGCCGGAGCGUCGGCUUCCGGCGGAAGUGGCGGUGGUGCUGCCGGCGAUGGGAGUGGAAGUGGUGGUGUCGGUGGCGGUGGUGGUACUACUUCUACUGUGGCGGCCACAUCAUCCGAGUAGUUGGUGAGAAUCGAAUCAUCCGAGUAGUUGGUGAGAAUCGAACCGUGAACUUUUCGUCUAGAAAAUCUUUUCAAAUUAUAUUACCUCGCUACUUAAAUUAAUUUCUAAUUUAUCUAUAUCAUUUAUAUAUAAUAUACUGUUACAUUAUAUUAUUAUUGAAAGUAAUUUUUUCACAUAAAGUAAGAUAUUAGACUACAUAUGAUAUCUGUUUAUUGAAAUUGUUUGAUCUAGUGAACUUUCUAUUUGUGAACAUGGACAUUUUUUGUUUGAUAAUGUAAAAAAGAUUACAAAUUAGAGUGUCU